AACUUGGAGUAACACGUCAUUCUAGUAAAGUGCAGAAGCCGGCUGAAAGGGAGUGAUCCCCUCACCGUCGUCUCUCUGUCCGGUACACCCGUCCGCUUUCAUCCCCAAAUGCUGUAACUCGUUCUGAACACAAUCCACUCUUUAGCUCUUGUCUUGACCCGAGGACGACCCGAUAAAACAAGCUCUGUGAUGGCGACCUACCAGGAGUUUAUCCAACAGAAUGAGGACAGGGAUGGGGUGAGAUUCAGCUGGAACCUCUGGCCGUCCAGCAGGCUGGAAGCCACCAGGCUAGUGGUCCCAGUGUCCUGCCUCUUCACACCGCUCAAGGAGAGGCCUGACCUGCCACCGGUUCAGUACGAGCCAGUUCUAUGCAGCCGGGCCAACUGCAAAGCAGUGCUCAACCCACUAUGUCAAGUUGACUUCAGGGCAAAGAUAUGGGCGUGCAACUUCUGCUUCCAGAGAAACCCAUUCCCUCCCUCUUAUGCAGGCAUAUCGGAAGUGAACCAGCCAGCUGAACUCAUGCCACAGUUUUCUACCAUCGAGUACAUAGUACAGCGUGGACCCCCGACUCCUCUCAUCUUCCUGUAUGUGGUGGAUACAUGUUUAGAAGAAGAGGACCUCCAGGCCCUCAAGGAGUCACUGCAGAUGUCACUCAGCCUGCUUCCACCCAACGCCCUCGUGGGCCUCAUCACGUUCGGACGCAUGGUUCAGGUGCACGAGCUCAGCUGCGAGGGGAUCGCCAAGAGUUAUGUGUUCAGGGGCACCAAGGACCUCUCCUCCAAACAGAUCCAGGAGAUGCUGGGUUUAGCGAAGCCAGCAGCAGCAGCAGCACAACAGCAAGGUCGCCCACCGGGACCUCAGGAAGCUGCAGCCACUUGCAGGUUCCUUCAGCCCGUGCACAGAGUCGACAUGAAUCUGACUGACUUGCUCGGCGAGCUCCAGAGAGACCCGUGGCCUGUCCCUCAAGGCAAACGCCCCCUCCGCUCCACUGGCGUUGCACUGUCUGUUGCCGUUGGUCUGCUUGAGGGCACAUUCCCCAACACAGGGGCUCGCGUGAUGCUGUUCAUCGGAGGGCCGCCAACCCAGGGCCCGGGCAUGGUGGUGGGAGACGAGCUGAAAACCCCCAUCCGCUCCUGGCACGACAUCCAGAAGGACAACGCUCGCCAUUUGAAGAAAGCCACCAAGUAUUAUGAAGCCAUGGCUAACCGCUCGGCAGUAAAUGGCCACAGUAUCGAUAUCUACGCCUGUGCUCUAGACCAGACCGGACUGCUGGAGAUGAAGUGUUUGUCUAAUCUCACCGGGGGUCACAUUGUGAUGGGAGACUCCUUCAACACCUCCCUGUUCAAGCAGACCUUCCAGAGAGUCUUUAGCAAAGACUACAACGGCGAUUUCCGCAUGGCCUUUGGAGGCGUCAUGGAAGUCAAGACAUCAAGGGAACUGAAGGUUUGCGGUGCCAUCGGGCCUUGUGUUUCACUCAACUCCAAGGGCUCCUGUGUUUCAGAGAAUGAGAUGGGUGUUGGUGGCACGAGCCAGUGGAAAGUGUGCAGUCUCAACCCCUCCACCACUUUGGGAAUGUAUUUCGAGGUGGUGAAUCAGCACAAUGCACCAGUCCCCCAGGGUGGCCGAGGGGUGGUCCAGUUUGUAACCCAGUACCAGCACUCCAACACACAGAGGAGGAUACGGGUCACCACCAUCGCCAGGAACUGGGCAGAUGCACAGUCCCAAAUUCAGCACAUCGAGUCGUCGUUCGACCAGGAAGCGGCCGCCGUGCUCAUGGCCCGUCUGGGGGUCUUCAGAGCCGAAUCAGAGGAGGGACCUGAUGUGCUGCGCUGGCUCGACAGGCAGCUCAUCCGCCUGUGUCAGAAGUUUGGCCAGUUCAACAAAGACGAUCCGACAUCCUUCAGACUGUCAGAGUCUCUGUCUCUCUACCCACAGUUCAUGUUCCACCUGCGGCGGUCGCCCUUCCUGCAGGUGUUCAACAACAGCCCAGAUGAGUCAUCCUACUACAGGCACCACUUCGUCCGACAGGACCUGACCCAGUCUCUGAUCAUGGUCCAGCCCAUCCUCUACUCCUACUCCUUCCACGGACCACCAGAGCCCGUUCUCCUAGACAGCAGCAGCAUCCUGCCAGAUCGAAUCCUGCUGAUGGACACCUUCUUCCAGUUGGUUAUUUUCCAUGGAGAGACCAUUGCCCAGUGGCGAAAGGCUGGCUACCAGGAAAUGGCCGAAUAUGAGAACUUCAAACAGCUGCUGCAGGCUCCGCUCGAUGAUGCCCAGGAGAUCCUACAGACACGCUUCCCCAUGCCGCGCUACAUCGACACAGAGCACGGAGGCUCACAGGCUCGCUUCCUUCUCUCCAAGGUCAACCCGUCACAGACCCACAACAACCUCUACGCCUGGGGACAGGAGACGGGGGCCCCGAUCCUCACCGAUGACGUCAGCCUGCAGGUCUUCAUGGACCACUUGAAGAAACUGGCCGUUUCCAGCUCGGCAUAAGACAUCCACAACAAAGAGAAAGGAGGAGUGAUCCGACAUUCCCGCUCUCAUUUAGGGAUCCAUUAACAUUUCCACUGUUCUUGUAAAGGAGCCAAACCCAGAGAGUCUCUACUGUGUGUGUGUGCGUGCUUGAUUUUACUGUGCCCUUAAUGGAGUUGCAUGUGACAUUUCCAUGCUGAAAAGGAACAGAAACAAGGGGGUUGACAGCACAUUCCUAAUAAGAAAAACAAGUGACAUUUGUACUCAUGUUCAUUAACUUGUUAUUUAUGAGAAAUGGCUCCGGUACUUCACAACCAGACUGUCCUUAAGCAAUAUCAAAUUGUCUAUCUCUCUUUUAUAUUUGAUAUUACCUCUGACACACAGAAUGAUCAGACUAAUAAUUUAAUUGUUUUUGUUUGUCCUAAAAUGUGUAUGUACUGCAUCACACUUGGUUGAAGGUGCUGUUUAAUAGAAUGCUUCUACAUGUUUGCUUUGUCUAUAGCUAAAGAAAGAAAGAAAUGCCUGGAAUUUUCUCAUGAAUAAAUUAUAAUGAUAAGAGAUGUUCACAGGGGCCGAAAGGUCUCAACACUGAUGGCUUGUUAAUCAUGUAAAAACAAAAGAAUUAAAUCCUAUGUGGAUUAUACCGUUAGUUUUCCAAGAAAAUUCCCGCAGAAAAAUGAGGCUUAACGUUCUGAGGAAUGGAAGUCACGUCGCAUCAAAUCAACGGAGACUGACUCCGUUUUCAAUGACGAACAUUUCUUUUUAAAUUCCGCUCCGUGUAGUUCAGUCCUCUUCAUCCCGUCUCCUUCACCGUCUGGUAUUUUGCACCUGAUGACUGCACAAGUGUCUUUGUAAUCAAACUUUAAUAUGCUGUACGACUGUAUGAAAGGGGCGGUUGUUUGAUCUAGGUCCUGUCUGUUCAUAUAAAGGCUUGCUGGCAGGGAA